CACGAAGCAGCAGGCCUCUCCAACAGUAGUGUUCUUGGCGCAGCUGAGGGAGCGUGGAAAUGGCAGCGGGGGGAUCGUACAGUAUAGUGGAGUAUUUCGGGGGAGAUGGCGGCUAUCGCUGCGGUUACUGUAAACAUGAAAACGGCAAUUUCUCACACGGCAUGUGGUCCCAUACUAUGACAGUGCAGGACUACCAAGAUCUCAUCGACAGAGGCUGGAGAAGAAGUGGCAAAUAUGUUUACAAGCCGUUAAUGAAUAAGACAUGCUGCCCACAGUACACCAUCAGGUGCCAUGCUUUGAACUUCCAUCCGUCGAAGACUCACAAAAAGACCUUGAAGAAGGUGAACAGGUUCCUCUCCAAAGGAGAGAUGCCAGUAGAGAGGCAUGAUGAGGGACUUGAAGGAGAGCCCAUGGACUCUGCGCAUGAAGCGGGUGUUCAACCACCUCGUCAAGACCUUCUGAAAAUAGACCAUAGUGAAGUACAGGAUAUCAGCACCAGCCCAGACACAGACACCACCAACUCAACUGCACCAAUAACGCCCAGAGAAGACGCAGUGCCCGCCCCAGCAGAGAAAACUCCUAAUGUUACACCCAAAUCCGUGCCGGUCAGCUUUGAGGACCCGGACUUCCUGGCGUCGUACGAGCAGUCAGCAGCACUGUACGCCCGCUACCAGACGACCGUUCACGGCGACUCUCCGUAUGAGUGCGGGGAGAGCGAGGCUGAGACCGCUCCUGAUGGUCCUGAUGUGGGCUACGGCUCGUUCCAUCAGCAGUAUUGGUUGGAUGGCAGAAUAGUAGCCGUAGGAGUUCUGGACAUCCUGCCCUCCUGUGUGUCGUCUGUGUACCUCUACUAUCACCCCGAAUUCUCCUCGCUCUCACUGGGCACCUACUCUGCUCUCAGGUUGGCUGAGACCGCUCCUGAUGGUCCUGAUGUGGGCUACGGCUCGUUCCAUCAGCAGUAUUGGUUGGAUGGCAGAAUAGUAGCCGUAGGAGUUCUGGACAUCCUGCCCUCCUGUGUGUCGUCUGUGUACCUCUACUAUCACCCCGAAUUCUCCUCGCUCUCACUGGGCACCUACUCUGCUCUCAGGGAGAUUGCCUUCACCAGGCAGUUGCAGCAGCAGUCGCCCAAACUUGCCUACUACUAUCUGGGUUUCUACGUCCAUUCGUGUCCCAAGAUGCGCUAUAAGCCUCACACGUGGCUUGUAGAUGGUUUUGCGAACAAGGGACUUGGAGCCGUGUUCAAGCUGGGCUGCAGGACUAUGGAGGCUGACAGUAAAGCAGUCCAGCAGGAACUCUAUGUCAAUGUUGACAUUGCUCUCCCAGAUCAGCUUGUGUAG